AUGCGAUGGUUUCACACAUUUUUUAAAUUGAUUGUAGAUGAAGAUCUCGGCGAGGAGUCGAUGGCCGACGAUAUAGAUCGCACCGGACACGGCGAAGGUCAUCAUCAUCAUCAUCACGCGCACUCGUUCCAUCAUUUCUCCGGGCCAGUGAUAGGUCAUCAUCACGAGAUAUCCUGGAAGGAUAAGCACGGGCAUCAUCAUCACGACUACAAGGCGUAUCCCAAGUAUAAGUACUCGUACGGUGUGGAAGAUCAUCAUACUAAGGAUCAGCAUGGACAAAAGGAACACCGCGAUGGUAAACGUGUGGAUGGCGAAUAUCAUAUCCAUGAGCCCGGCGGCAAUUUUAGGAACGUAAAAUAUCAUGCUGAUCCUCAUGGAGGAUUUUUCGCCGAGGUACACAAUUUCGGCGGUAACGAUCAUUCAGGUGCCACGUAUGGUCAUUCCCAUAAGCACCGAUAGUUGAAAAAUAUACAUACGGCGUGAACGAAGAGGUAUUAACGAGUAUCAAUAAUAAAAUGACUAACGAAGAAGCCAAGAAUGAUUAAUGAAGACGAUGUAAGCGUGCCUGCACUUUGUAACGAUCGUAGCCGAUAUAAAUAUACAUUUCUACGUUUUACGAAAUAUAUAGUUUAUUCUGAAUCAACAUCCUUCGAUAUCUCGCAUGUUUCAUAUUUUAAAUACAUAUACAGAAAUAUAACAUAUUCUUAUCGGAAGAAUAAAAAUCUCAAUAAAAAAAUAUUAUAUAACCGCUUUGAGUACCAAUUAUUAUUACUUGCAUAUCGUUCAAGUUUCAUUCUAAAAAUAAACAAUUACCGUCUCUCGAAUUCCAUCAAACAAUUUUUCCCGAUGAAGAGGUAAGCGGAAAGCACGACAUUCUUUGAUUUUCGUGGACUCUCUUUCGAACUCUCGCCGCUGAUUUCGGUCGCGAUCGCGCGAUUUCGUUUCAUCAAAACGACCACUCGCUCGCUCGCUCGGUUUCCGCUGACCGAAUGCAGCGGAAUCGGCUGAUCGUUCUCAUCAGCACGCCGCAACAUGUUUUUAUCCAAUCACGUUCCCGCGCGACCUCCGACCUCUCGAGUCAGCAGCGCGACGACCCGUGGCGGUCCGAGCUGCCGAAAAGCUACGGAGGAGGAAGCGGAAAAUUCAACGCGCCCGAGGAAAACGAUGCCGGGCCAAGACGAAAAAGUAAGGGUGGUCCAAAAUCUCGUGCCCUCAUCGAACAAUCGCGGCAAACGGGAUUGGCAGUUCCGCAAGGAGAUUGCUCGGACAUCGUGUUACUGACCCGGAGGAGGCUCCUGUCAAUUUUGUCGCCAAUUUCGUCGACAAUCUCUUCACCCAUCUCUCGUCGCCGUCAUCGGUUUCUAACGUGGAUAAUCGCAUCGCAUGCAAAUGUGCCUCGACAAUUUCCAUUAAGUUCUCUCUUAGUGAACCACGAGAUGCGCAAUUUUAGUAAUUUGAUAUAGUAUUUUACAUUUAUUUGAUAUAUUUUUAAUAUUUGAUGUAUUAUUAAAUAUGUGAUAACAUAUUUCAUGUUUUAUUAAAUGUUUCAUAUAUUAUAAUUUUAAGUAUUAUAAUAUAGAGUGCUGAGAAGAGGAAACUAAAACUCAUGCUACAUACACCUGAUACAAUUUUCCUCCUCGAAUUGUUAUUAUUUAGUACUAAACAUUGACUGAGGAACACCAUAAGAAUCACAUAAAGCUGCUCCUCCCCAUAGAAAAAUAAUCGCGCGAUGACCGUAACAGAGUUUUCACUUUUGCCGGAUGUACGAGCGCUAUUACGCUCACUCUGCGCACAAAAUGAACUGCUCUAAUGCGUCGUCGUUUAUAUAAGCGACCACAAAGAAAUGGGUUUCUCGAAGAACGAAGGCGGAAUUACGUAAGUCGAAAGGAUUACACCUGCCGAACUUGACUGCGCACUGCGCCACCGUUAAUUUCUCUCGUCGCAUAAUUUCUCCGCGUUUCACGUGCGUCGCGUUGCGUCUUGCGAGUCGGCCGAAUCAGAAUCUAUUUGAGCCAAGUCGAAUCACGCAUUGCGACAACUAUGUAAAGGCUCGUUAAUGCUAUUAACGUUAACAUAGUUGACGUUUCCUCCGAGAAUGAUUUCAUAAAGCGCACGUAAAGCGCAGCGGUUCGAACGAAUAGCAAAACCUCAAGUCUCUCUCUCUCUCUCUCUCUCUCUCUUUCUCUAUGCACGCUUGUAUCCUCUUUGAGCAUCCACGCCACCGUAAAAUGGAGCGUGUUAACGACGUGAUGCACGCUCCCUUCACGCGCUCGUCCUCGUUGUCACCCCUCGAUUGGCGCGCUACGUGUCCCGUACGCUCACGUAUUUUUAAGCGUCGCGCUAAAUCGAUGAGAGCGAGAGGAGUCAUUAACACUCCGCGCCACGCAGCUUGCUUGCUGUACGGUGGAAGAAUAUCUUAACAAAAAAAAAGAGAGCAAAAUACCGUAUCCGUACACGAAUGAUUCGCUCGUGACACGAACGCGCGUCGCGGCGCCGAUCGAUGCGGUCGUUACUAAAGCAAAUGGAUGGAUUACGAGUCGACUGCGUGAAACAGCCGUUCCAUCCCGGCCUGACACCGGAAACGGAUUAUUCGUUCCGGGAGCGUCCCAGGGGACCGCGAGAAAAUUCGCGCGAGCGCGCGGGAGUGCACUUAGCGAGUCGGGAAAAUUGCGUGCUCGCCAAUUAUCUCGCGAGUAAAUGCGAGCGCGCGCUGAUCGAGGCACGGUCUCGCGGCACGUGGAGUGAUCUCUUUAUUCCUCUUUUUUUUCAUAUUCUUUUUGUUGGCGCUUGCCGACCGAAUCGCCCCGUGCAUAUCGAAAGCCUAACUUUAUUCAAACGUGCGCGAACACGCGCGUCCAGUGUGUCCGUUCAUUCUCGUUGGCGUUGACGGAAGCUGGAGACAGUUUAGGGACGUAAAGGGGUUAAAUCUCUGAUAUCAAGCGUAUCGUGAGCUUGGAUUUCAUCAUGUUGCACAUUGCGCGAGAUGGAUUUGUAACGUAAAUACGCGUUAUGACGAGCGUCAUGUCACAUCUCUAUGAAAGUUUCCGAUUAUGUAGUCACUAGUGGCAAUCAUAAAGAUUGCAAUGACUAUUUAUGCGCCAUCAGAAUUCACAAUUUGAUUAGUGAUGAUAAUUGUUAUUUUGAUUACAGGGAGAUGAUUAUAUAAUGCUCGGUUAUAUGUUAUAAUUUAUGGAAAACAUAUUAUAAUUACGGUUAAUGGUUGAUAAUAUCUAGUGGUAUGCAGAUUUUCACUUAAACAAAUCUGCGAAAUCAAUGUUAAUAAUCUAUUAUAUUUGCUAUUUAUUUCUUGAACAAUUCUCUACAGGGUGUCCCGGGUUUUAACCGACAAACUGCGGGAGCAUA